AUGAAAGUAGGGGGGAAGAGAACUGUGCUUGUUCCUCCAGAGGCAGGAUACGGCAAAAAAGGGAUGAAUGAGAUACCGAGAUCGAGCCAAAGCAGACUGGAACAUAGUGUUUCUAGGCUUAGUUGUGCCAUAUUUCAAUGCAGGCAUGCCAACCUGCGAGCGUGCAAGCAAAUUGAUCAUGCAGAUGAAAAGUUUGACAAAUCUAUGACCAAGAAUCUCAGCAUGCUCAGAGAAGCAAAGAAUGUGUACUAUGUUGAACAAGACUACUUGUAG